AUGACCAUGUUUCAGGAAGCAGUGACAUUCAAGGACGUGGCUGUGGUCUUCAGUGAGGAGGAGCUGAGGCUGCUGGACUUCACCCAGAGGACACUGUACCGAGAUGUGAUGGUGGAGAACUUCAAGAACCUGGUCUCUGUGGGGCAUCAUCCCUUCAAACUAGACAUGUUAUUCCAGUUGGAGGCAGAAGAAAAGCUUUGGAUGAUGGAGACAGAAACCCAAAGAAGUGAGUAUUCCCGCAGCAGGAAUCCAAAUGAGAUGGAGACGCUUCGAAAAGUUGCAUUGAAACACUUGCGUGAAGAGCUCAUCCGCUGGCAUAUCUGGGAGCAAGUUGCAAGCGAGUUGGCCAGGAGUCAAGACCUCACGAUCAGUCUCCAAGGGAAGAGUUCCCACUUACUGCAAAGUGACUGUGUCCAGCUCCCCGGAAUCACCAAAGUGUUCGCUCAGGUGAGAAAUGUCUUCCUCAGAGCCCACCUCUGCCAACCCAUCGGACAACUCGCCCAGGAGGGAGACUCAGCAGGUGUCCUGAAUCUGGUCAUCGCUUCAGGAGUCCACAGCAGCGCAGGCCUGAUCGGUCAUGACAGAACUCACACUGGAGAGAAACCCUAUCGAUGUGUGGAGUGUGGGGAGUGUUUUAAUCAGAGUUCAAAUUUCCAGCGCCACCAGAGUGUCCACACUGAAGAAAAGCCAUACAAAUGUGAAGACUGUGGGAAGGGCUUCGGUUGGAGUGUUGACCUUCGUGUUCACCAGCAGGUCCACAAGGGUGAGAAACCCUACAAAUGUGAGGGGUGUGGUAAGGAUUGCAGUCAGGCUGCGCAUUUCCGCAUCCAUCAGCGGGUCCACACUGGGGAGACACCCUACAAAUGCGAGGCCUAUGGGAAAGGCUUCACCCGAAACACAGACCUUCACAUUCAUCACAGAGUUCACACGGGAGAGAAACCCUACAAAUGCGGGGAGUGCGGCAAGGGCUUCAGCCAGGCUUCGAAUCUUCAAGUCCAUCACAACGUCCACACUGGGGCGAAACGAUUCAAAUGUGGGACAUGUGGCAAGGGCUUCAGUCAGUUCUCAAAACUUCAAACCCAUCAGAGAGUCCACACUGGAGAGAAACCCUACAAGUGUGAUGUUUGUGGUAAGAACUUCAGUUACAGUUCAAACCUUAAACUGCACCAGGUGAUUCACACUGGAGAAAAACUGUAUCAAUGCGAGGCGUGUGGGAAGGGCUUCAGCUGGACGUCAAAGCUUCACGCACACCAGAAAGUCCACUCGGGAGAGAAACCGUAUAAAUGUGAAGAGUGUGCUAAGAGUUUCAGUCAGGCCAUAGAUUUCUGGGUGCACCAGAGGGUUCAUACUGGAGAGAAACCCUACAAAUGUGUCUGUGGAAAAAGCUUUAGUCAGUCCUCGGGUCUCCAGUCUCACCGGAGAGUCCACACUGGAGAGAAGCCGUACAAAUGUGACGUCUGUGGAAAGGGCUUCUGGAGGAGACUGAAUCUUCGUCAUCACCAGAGGGUUCACACAGGAGAGAAACGCUAUAAAUGUGAGCAGUGUGGGAAGGCCUUCAGUCUCCCCUCAAACCUCCAAGUCCAUCUGAGUGCUCACACUGGAGAGAAACCAUUUAAGUGUGAGGAGUGUGGGAAGGGCUUCAGUCAGAGUUCACGUCGUCACACCCACCAGAGAGUCCACACGGGAGAAAAGCCAUACAAAUGUGAUGUGUGUGGCAAGGACUUCAGUCACCAUUCACGUCUAACAUACCAUCAGAAAGUCCACAUGAGCAAGGAUCUUUAG